AGCAUUGAGAACUGUGCUUCAAUCUUGUGUUGCUCUGCUCUAUACUUUGUUUUUCUAUAAACAUUAGCAAGAAAAUGCUUUGCUUUCGAACUUUGCUUCUCCUCCCUCAUUGUUUCAACAUCUUUGGAGCUUUCUCUCUAAACGGUAUACGAUUUUCCUCGAAAACCAGUGGUUUCUAGGGGGACCCACGUUGAUUUUUCUCAUGAUUUUUGCAUCUGCAUUGGUGGGGUUGUGUCCUCCGUUCCUUUGGUCUCCUGGGUCUGUAUUUUUUCACUCUCAUCUGAACUACCCCAUGAGCCCAAAACCUUCGAUUCUUGUUCAUGAAUGAGAAAGUCGAAGACCCUUGUGAAUUAAUGACAAGAGUGCUCUACUGGAUUCAAGCCAAGGCUCUUCACUCUGGCAUCCCCUGUUUCUGCUCUGCCUCAAGUUUGUUCUAAUCUUCCUUUCUUUUCUUUUUCCCCCCUGAGAUUAUCCAUGAAGCCUUUCACCGCCAUUUUUCACACCACUUUAGUUCUCUUCAUCCUCUGUUUGGGAGUGUAUUGUGAUGGUGAUGGAGACACAGAAAUGGCUCCUAUGGUGGCUCCUAUGGAGAAAACAGAGCAAGAAGCGCUGUACUCUACUAUUCAGGGGUUCGUGGGUACGUGGUGGAAUGGCUCAGAUCUCUACCCAGACCCGUGCGGGUGGACUCCUAUACAGGGAGUCUCUUGUGAUCUCUAUGAUGGUUUCUGGUAUGUCACUGCCUUAAACAUUGGACCUGUUCAAGACAACUCUCUUGAUUGUGCCCAUAAUGUGGAAUUUAAACUGCAUUUGUUCGAGCUUAAGCGCCUGAAAACCCUGUCCUUCUUGAAUUGCUUCAUCUCACCCCGGAAACAUCCUGUGACCAUUCCUGCAAAUAUUUGGUAUAAACUUGCUGGCAGCUUAGAAUCACUAGAGUUCAGGUCCAAUCCGGGUCUUGUUGGGCAAGUCCCUACUGGUUUUGGAGACCUUAGGAAGCUCCAAUCUCUAGUGCUAUUAGAAAAUGGAUUAAGUGGAAAUUUACCAACAAGUAUUGGGAACUUAGUCAUCUUGAGGCGGCUAGUCAUUGCUGGAAACCGGUUUACAGGUCAUAUCCCUGAUAAUUUUGGUGGAUUGGGUGAACUUUUGAUCUUAGAUUUAAGCAGGAAUUCUCUUUCUGGGCCUUUACCCACGAGUUUUGGAGGUUUGAGUUCACUCUUGAAGCUUGAUUUGAGUAACAACCAAUUGGAGGGGGAGCUGCCUAGUGAACUUGGAAAUAUGAAGAAUUUAACUCUGUUGGACCUCAGAAACAACAAAUUUUCAGGUGGGUUGACGCAGUCACUUCAAGAGAUGGCUUCCUUAGAAGAUAUGGCCCUAUCCAACAACCCAAUAGGGGGAGACCUCUUGAGCUUAGAAUGGCAAAAUCUACAGAACUUGGUCAUUUUGGAUCUCUCCAACACGGGUUUGACAGGAGAGGUUCCAGAGUCACUGGCAGAAUUGAAGGGUCUGAGGUUUCUAGGUCUUAAUGACAACAAUCUCACGGGCAAUCCAUCACCAAAGCUUGCAGCUCUGCCUAGUGUUACCGCGCUCUACCUAAAUGGAAACAAUCUGACAGGGGAGCUUAAAUUCUCUGGAUGGUUUUAUGGGAAAAUGGAGAGGCGAUUUGGGGCCUGGAACAACCCAAAUCUUUGUUAUCCAGUUGAGUUAAUGUCAUCAAGUCAUGUUCCUUUUGGAGUAAAGCCAUGCGACCAGGAGGUCACAUAUCUUGAACCUGAUACAAGGACCAAGUUGGGUAAUGAGAAUGGGAAUGCGGAUCAGAAUUUCCAUUUCAUGGCCUCUUUGGGAUUCUCAAGCCAUUCUAUUGAUGGGCUUUGGUGGGUUUUUCUGGCUGAGAUAUCAACCAUGAUUCUACUCUGGAAUUUUUUCUCAUAGGAUUUGUUUACUACUAGCCUGCAGGAUAACCCUUUUUUGAUGUAACAAUAACAUAAACAUCCUUUUAGUUUCCCUUGUGACCGAAAAUGAAAGAACCUUAUGUGGUUGUUCAUUCCCAUUUCCUUUUGAGUUUAUGCUCGUGUAAAUAUUAAACUUAAUCCUAGUCUUCUGCAAUUCUACCAUUUCCCAUUUUAUCUUCUGGUAAACUCACAAUGAAGUAAGGAUGUGUGGUGAUAUUAUUUUUAUA